AUGCUGUUGUCAACAGUGCUGCGUCGGCCCAAGCUGCGCAUGAGUGCACUGGCCAGGGAGAUGAACACGCUGCGCCAUGGAGUGCUGGAGGAGCUGCGAGGCACCGUGCAAGAGGUUGGCACGGUUCUCCUGGACUUGUACCACAGGUGGGUGGCUGUUUGUCUGGACGUGAACCACAGGUGGGUGGCUGUUUGUCUGGACGUGAACCACAGGUGGGUGGCUGCUGGACAUGAACCACAGCUGUGGGACGUCAUAUCAAGCCCUGCCAUGCCCCCUGCCAUGCCCCCUGCCAUGCCCCCUACCAUGCCCCCUGCCAUGCCCCCUGCCAUGCCCCCUGCCAUGCCCCCUGCCAUGCCCCCUGCCAUGCCCCCUGUCAUGCCCCCUGCCAUGCCCCCUGCCAUGCCCCCGGCCAUGCCCCCGGCCAUGCCCCCUGCCAUGCCCCCUGCCAUCCUCCUGCCAUGCCCCCUGCCAUGCCCCCUGCCAUGCCCCCUGCCAUGCCCCCUGCCAUGCCCCCUGCCAUCCUCCUGCCAUCCCCCUGCCAUCCUCCUACCAUGCCCCCUGCCAUGCCCCACCCCACUCUGCAGGGUGCGAUCAGAGUUUUGCGACCAUCUGUGGGACGUCAUGGGUGCGGCAACCUUCUGGUACACCAGCACCGAUGCCUACUUCAUUCCCUCUCUCUACUACAUCCCCUCCUUCGCUGCACGGCUGAACGAGCUCUUCCCAGAUGGCCGCGUGUACACACAUGUGGCACGCUACCUGCUGCACCCAGAUAACCAACUAUGGGACGGAAUCACAGCCAAAUUCCACGUCAACCUUGCCCAAUUCCCCCACCGCCUGGGGGUUCAGGUGAGCGAGAAUGACGUGAGUUUUCUGCCUGUGAGGAGUUCUCUGCCUGUGAGGAGUUCUCUGCCUGUGAGGAGUUCUCUGCCUGUGAGGAGUUCUCUGCCUGUGAGGAGUUCUCUGCCUGUGAGGAGUUCUCUGCCUGUGAGGAGUUCUCUGCCUGUGAAGAGUUCUCUGCCUCUGAGGAGUUCUCUGGCUGUGAGGAGUUCUCUGCCUAUUCGGUCGCCAUAUGCAAACGAACUGCCAGUGGCCCAUCGUGUGCUCGACUGCGCUAUCAACAUCUCUCACUACCUGCCGCCCACCACCCCUCUUGCACCACCUACUCCCCACCCCGUUCUCUGCUCCCCACCUUUCAACCUACUCCCCACCCCGUUCUCUGCUCCCCACCUUUCAACCUACUCCCCACCCCGUUCUCUGCUCCCCACCUUUCAACCUAUUCCCCACCCCUUUCUCUGCUCCCCACCUUUCAACCUAUUCCCCACCCCGUUUUCUGCUCCCCACCUUUCAACCUACUCCCCACCCCGUUCUCUGCUCCCCACCUUUCAACCUACUCCCCACCUCGUUCUCUGCCCCCCACCUUUCAACCUACUCCCCACCUCGUUCUCUGCUCCCCACCUUUCAACCUACUCCCCACCUCGUUCUUUGCUCCCCACCUUUUUCCGCGCUGUCCACUUUUCGUCUGUACUUAGGUGUGACUGCCUUGUGAACAUGUCGUUCGAUUCCAUCUCCCCGCUUGACACCUACCAUCAGAACGCAUCACGGGCGGAAGCACGUGAAUCACCAUACGAGAAGAUGGGGGUGUUUGUGUCGUCUCUCAACAUUCACCACUUGGUGGAUCUGCAGCACCACUACCUACACAGCCACGUGCAGGGCAGCAGUCACGUUGGCUUCUGGACGAUCACCAAUGAAGAGGCAGAGAAACAUGACGAGGGGCAGAUGGUAUCAGCUGUCUUGGACAUGUGGCUGCUGAGCUUCUG